AUGAGUGUUGGCGAAACCGAGAGUGCAGGUGGUUUGCGUGUUGCACCGCUGGAGGCUGCGGUGACCGACAAGCACGAGACCUACGCGGAGCGCGCGCUCAAACGACAACGUCGCGUGCCGUCGGAAAACACGUUCCUGGAUGACCGCUUCAUUGUCCCAACAUCAAACAUUUGUGAGGGAUUCUUCGCUGCCACGACGAGGGCCAUCCUUGAUCACCGUUGUGGUUUGCUUCCGAAGAACUUUGAGUCUCAAAUGUUUUUGUAUGCGAACACGGACAUGUGGGGCAUGGAUGACGUGCAGAAAAUCAUGCAAGGAAACGAGCAAUACGAGAUGUAA